AUGUUUCGCCAAGGAUUGAGGACUUCCGCGGGCCUUGCCCGUCGGGUCCUACCCCAGGCGGCUGUCACUCUCGGGCGACAGCAACGCAUCGCUGCGCAGACGAUUCGCCCCUCAAUGCCAGCCGUGCAGUCUUGGAGUGCUGUGAGCCAAAUUGCACGCCUCUACAGCAGUGAUGCCGCCGCAGCCGCCGUCGCCGAGUCGCCGGCCGAGCAGCAGGAAGCCCGCAAGCUGAGCGAGGACUGGACUAAGCAGUUUGCCAGCCUCGCCGACAUGGGCGUCAACGAGACGCUGCUGCGCGCUAUCACAAAAGACCUGGGCUACGAGACCAUGAGCCCUGUGCAGGCCAAGACGAUUGCGCCGGCUCUCAAGGGCACUGAUAUCGUUGCGCAAGCCAAAACUGGAACCGGCAAGACCAUUGCGUUCCUUCUGCCACUCCUACAGCGUAUGAUUAACGAAGACCCGACCCUGGCAACCAAAUCCGCGAAGUACCAGGCUCGGCCCGACGAUAUUCGCGGCAUUAUCAUGUCUCCCACGCGUGAGCUUGCAGAGCAGAUUGCCGAGGAGGCGCGUCGUCUUACUCGCCACACUGGCCUAGUUGUUCAGUCUGCUGUAGGCGGUACGCAGAAGAACCAAAUGCUGUACAAGACGCGCCGCGAGGGAUGCCAUCUUCUGGUAGCGACGCCCGGCCGUUUGUAUGAUUUGCUUUCCGACGAGCGCAGUGGCAUCGGAGCCCCCAACCUGGCUGCCAUGGUACUUGAUGAAGCUGAUCGAAUGCUUGAUGUCGGAUUCGAGCGCGAGCUCAAUGCCAUCAUCAAUAUCUUGCCGAAGCCCGACGAAAAAGUGCGCCAAACGAUGCUCGUCUCGGCCACAAUUCCUGACUCAGUCAUUCGCCUCACACGAAGCAUGGUUCGCGCCGACGACUUUGAAUUUGUCCAGACAAUUUCCGAGUCGGAGUCGCUGACGCACGAUCAUGUGGACCAGAACGUCGUCGUUAUCUCGCACAUGAACAAUGUCUUCCCAGCCCUGUUCGAGCUCAUUGAGAAGGGUCUUGCGGAAGCCAAGGAAAACCCUGACAAGAAACCCUUCAAGGCUAUUGUCUACCUCAACACGACAGCCAUGACCGAGCUCGCAGGAGAAAUGGGCUUCGCGAAGAACAAGGACCGUACUUUUAUCCGAAACUUUUCCAUCCACUCUGGUCUGACCCAGGCUGGCCGCACCCGGGCCGCAGAAAACUUCCGCAAGUCGCAGUCUGCAGUCCUGUUUUCUUCUGACGUCACUGCUCGUGGCAUGGACUUCCCGGAUGUCACACACGUCAUCCAAGUCGAUUGCCCACGAGACCGCGAGACGUAUAUCCAUCGCCUGGGCCGCACUGCUCGCCAACAAAAGGGCGGUGAGGGCUGGCUCCUCUUACCCGAUAUGAGCCGCUUCAGAGCGCGUGGCCUGCUUCGUGGCCUGCCUCUCAAGCCCAAUACCUCGUUGGAAUCGGCUACAUUUGAUAAGACCUCGGGCGACGCGCAACCGGAAGUCAUGGCCGCAACCCAACAGCUGUACUCGAAAAUGCCAUCGCGCAUGCUCGAGGACGCCUACCGCGUUACCAUAUUCAGUGCCGCUGACAAGCGCGCACGCGACGACAUGGUCGACCAGAUGAACGAAUGGGCCACCGACGGUUGGGGCUGGAAGGCGCCUCCCACCAUUUCCAAGUCUAAGGCUGACAGAAAUGGCUUCAGCCGCACCAACUUGAACUUUGGCCCUGAGCAGUCUUCCGACUCUCCCCGCCGGUCGGAUAGAUUUGGAGGCCGCGAAGGACGCGACUUUGACAGAAACUCUCGACGCAGCAGCGACCCAUUUGAUGGCAUGAGAACAAAUGCCAGGAGCAACGACUUCGGUGGCCGUGGCGGUGGCCGCGGUGGUGGUCGCGGUGGCGAUCGUGGUGGCGAUCGCGGUCGUGGCCGCUCCGGAGGCAACUUCCGCCGCAACUCUGACAGGUCGCCGCGCGGAGACUCGGGAGACUCUUUGUUCUAA